UUGAGUCAAGUCCUCGAUGCAAACGCGGUGUGAUGCGGGCCUGUUUAAAAAAGGGUGCGAUGGUGUGAGGUUGUCACUUGGCCGAAGGACUCUGGGUGCACAGGACACUGAGCUCGCUUUUGAAGGAGUGGUGACAGUGCGAGAGAUAUGAAGCGAUUUGUGGCAUUUCUAUCGGUGGCAGUGAUGUGUCUAGCUGGAAUAUCAGCAAUGAACCUGGCUAACGUGCCGUGCGGGGUGCGUCAGUUGUCUGGCCGCCGAGGUCGGGUCAAGGGCGGUCAGGAGGCGCACAGGGGCCAGUUCCCGUGGUCGGCCUCCGUGCAGGUGAACGGCGCUCACUUCUGCAUGGGCGCCGUCAUCAACAACGAGUACGUGCUGACGGCAGCGCACUGCUUCGUCGGCAAGCCGAGUGGCGCGGUCACGGUCACCCUGGGAGGUCAUGACCUGACCGAGGUCGAGCCGGGUCAGGUCACCAUCGCCGUCGCUGAACGGAUCAUUCACGAGGGGUACCAUCCCGGCACGUUUGAUAACGACAUCGCUCUUCUCAAGCUGGAGAACAAGAUAAGCUGGAACGGUGCAGUUCAACCCGUCUGCCUGCCAUCAACUGGGACGAAGAAGUUCGUCGGCAUGAAGGGCACUAUUGCCGGAUGGGGCUACCUCGACGAAUGGAGGGAUGGCGGCGAGCGUCCCGACACGCUGCACUGGGUUGAGCUGCCCAUCCUAUCCCCCGAGACGUGCCAGCAAUGGUUCACCGAGGCCAAGAAGAAGAUCAAGGUGGCCGCCGGCAAAAUCUGCGCCGGGUACAAGGAGGGCGGCAAGGAUAGCUGUCAGGCGGACAGCGGCGGCGCCCUGACCGUCGAGCGGGGCGGCGAGGUGCAGCUGGCCGGCGUGGUCUCUGCCGGCAUCGGCUGCGGCCGACCCGGACUGCCCGGUAUCUACACAGACGUCACCAGCUACACCAAGUGGAUCGUGGGGGAGAUUAGUGCCCGCACCACCUUCUGAGCACCAGCUCAGCCAGUCACCAGAGCUGGUGACUUGGUGAUGCCGUACGGGUACCAACUGCCAGCUGCCGUUCAGCCCAUAGUUCGGGCUGAUGUCGCGAGAUAUAUAUUAUCAGUGAGCUUUGGUUGGUAGAGUGACCGAGGAAAUGGUUUGAAUGGAAGUGCUGAAGCAUGUUUUGCAGUGCGGGAUUUGGAUACUACGUCGACAUACUGAUCUCAUGCUGCGAACCUCUCGACGGGUAAACGAUGCUUGCCAUGAAGUGUUGUUCAGCUAGUAGUGUGUAUAGUUAAGUGCAGGUAGACAGGGCAGUGGACACCCAUACGAGUGAAUUAUAGUUGUCUUAAUACACCUCAUACCACGUG